ACCCUCUCUGGUUAUUUUGCGGCAGGGACUUCAACCUUGAUGACCUGGGAGUCAGGAUGGCUCUAAACAGACACCUCUCUCUUCAGAGACUCGGCUUCCUCCUGCUCAUCAUGGUGGGGGGUCAAGCUCUGGAGCUGAGGCUGAAGGAUGGACGCCACCGCUGUGAGGGGAGAGUGGAAGUGAAGCACCAAGGAAUAUGGGCUUCCGUAUAUACUCAGUACUGGUUCAUGGAGGCUGCAGAAGUGGUGUGCAAAGAGCUGGGAUGUGGACUUGCUAUUGAUGCUCCCAGAGGGUCUUAUUUUGGACCAAGGCUUGGUCCUAUUUGGGUUUUCACUAUUUACUGCAACAAUACCAAGCCAGAUUCACCUCUCAGUAUUGAUGGUUGUGUUCAUCUCGACUUUAAAAACUAUAAUCAUACCUUUUCUCACGACCAGGAUGUUGGAGCAGUCUGCUCAGGAUUCGUGCAUCUAGUUCAAGGGAAUGGACCCUGUUCAGGGCGAGUAGAAGUGCAUUCUGGAGAAGACUGGACACCAGUGUCUGAUGGGAACUUUACAUUCCCCACUGCCCAGGUCAUCUGUGCAGAGCUGGGAUGUGGCAAGGCUGUGUCUGUUCUGGGUCAGAGGCCCCUCAGAGAGUCAGAUGACCAGGUCUGGCCUGAAGAGUUCAGGUGUAAGGGGGACGAGCCUGAGCUCUGGUCCUGCCCCAGAGUGCCCUGUCCAGGAGGCACUUGUCACCACAGUGGAGCUGUUCAAGUUGUCUGUUCAGUGUACUCAGAAGUCCGGCUCAUGAGAAAUGGCACCUCUCAGUGUGCGGGGCGAGUGGAGAUGAAUAUUUCUGGAGGAUGGAGAACACUCUGUGCCUCCCACUGGACCAUGGCCAAUGCCAAUGUUGUGUGUCGUCAGCUCGGCUGUGGAGUCGCCCUCUCCACCCCAAAGGGAGUAGAGGGAGGUGAUCCGAUGUGGAAAGCCCGAUUUCACUGCUCUGGGGCUGAGUCCUUCUUGUGGCAUUGCCCUGUGACUUCCCUGGGUGUUCCUGACUGUGCCCAUGGGAACACAGCCUCUGUGAUCUGCUCAGGAAACCAGACCCAGGUGCUGCCUCAGUGCAAUGACUCCCUGUCUGAACCAGCAGGCUCUGCAGCCUCAGAGGAGAGCGCCGCCAGCUGCUCAGACAGCAGACAGCUGCGCCUGGUGGAUGGAGGGAGUUACUGCUCAGGGAGAGUGGAGAUCCUUCACCAGGGCUCCUGGGGCACCGUCUGUGAUGACAGCUGGGACCUGGACGAUGCGCAUGUGGUGUGCAGGCAGCUGGGCUGUGGAGAAGCCCUCAGUGCCCCAGGGUCUGCUCACUUUGGGGUGGGCUCAGGCCACAUCUGGCUGGAUGACGUGAACUGCACAGGAAAGGAGCCCCACGUGUGGCAGUGCCCUUUCGGGGGCUGGGGGCGGCACGACUGCAGACACAAGGAAGACGCAGGGGUCAUCUGCUCAGAGUCCCUGGCCCUCAGGGUGGUGAGCGAGGACCAGGAGUGUGCCGGGUGGCUGGAAGUUUUCUACAACGGGACCUGGGGCGGUGUCUGCCGCAGCCCCAUGGAAGACCUCACCUUGUCCAUGAUCUGCAGGCAGCUUGGCUGUGGGGACAGUGGAACCCUCAACUCUUCGGUGGCUUUUAGGGAAGGUUCUAGACCCUGGUGGGUGGAUAGAAUCCAGUGUCGGAAAACUGAUCGCUCUCUCUGGGAGUGUCAUUCUGACCCUUGGAAGUACAUUUCAUGUUCUCCAAAGGAGGAAGCCUAUGUCUCUUGUGCAG